AUGUCUGGAGUAUUGAGCCUUUUUUCGCUACAAGGCCGAACAGCCGUAAUCACAGGUGGGACGAGAGGAAUUGGCCAGGCGCUUGCGAUCGCUCUAGCAGAAGCUGGUGCGGAUAUCGUCUUGAUACAGCGAGACUCCAGCAAUGUUGCCACCAAAGAACAAAUCGAGAAGCUUGGAAGGAAGGCGACCGUAUAUGAAGCAGAUCUCGCAGACCAUGGUCAGAUCAGUGGGUUGAUCAAGCGUAUCAUUCUAGACGGUCAUGACUUGAGCAUACUUGUCAACUGUGGCGGUAUACAGAGGCGCCACCCUCCUCAUCAAUUUCCAGACGGCGAUUGGAACGAGGUGCUUCAAGUCAAUUUGAAUACCGUGUUCACGCUGUGCCGCGAUGUCGGAGUCCAUAUGAUGACGAGAGAAGGACCCCACCGUGGUUCUAUCAUAAAUAUUGUGUCUUUGGUGUCCUUCCAAGGAGGUCUAAACGUUCCAGCAUAUGCUGCUGCUAAGGGAGGUGUAGCGCAAUUGACGAAAGCCUUAUCAAACUCCUGGGCCGCGCAUGGCAUUAACGUCAAUGCUAUUGCCCCAGGGUACAUCAACACUGAAAUGAACGAUGCUCUGAUCAAGGACGAGAAGCGUGCAGCAAGUAUUUUGGAACGCAUUCCGGCUGGGCGAUGGGGCCUGCCCGAAGACUUUGCCGGCUCAAUAGUGUAUCUUGCCAGUCGAGCAAGUUUGUACGUUUCUGGAGAAGUCCUGACAAUAGACGGGGGUUGGAUAGGUCGAUAG